AUGCCCGGCCGUCUUCUCUCCAGCUUUGUUCGCCCCACCGCGGCUUUCCAUUCUUCUCUAUCCUCGCACUCGAAUUCCUCCUCUACCUCCGUCAACGAAAUCCCCGCCAGCAACACCGUCACCAAGAAGCCCCAUUCCCACACCGACAGAGCCAGAUCUCCAGAGCGCCGUCUCUCCUUCACCAUGGACCAUCUGAUUCACCCGCACCGAGAUCAUAGCAAGGACAAGAAGCGCAGCCAUGGAAGGUCUGCUCGCUCGAAGGACCGUGUAGCGAAGGAGGACCAUGCCCCCCCGGCCGCCAAGUUGGACGUCAUCGUUGAGUCUCCGCCUCUCGUCUGCUACGGAACCCCAGCAAACUCCACCGGUGCUUUGUUCUCUGGACGUCUGCGGAUUGCUGUUGCUGAGCACGCCAAUGCCAUUACCCUCGACAAGUUCGAUAUGCGUCUGCUCACCAAGAUCACCACCAAGAAACCCGUCUCCCGCGAAUGCUCCAACUGCGCCGCACGGACGGAAGAAUUGACCAGCUGGGAUUUCCUCACCGAGCCGCUCUCCCUCAAGCACGGAGACCACGACUUCCCCUUCAGCUACCUGUUCCCCGGCCACCUGCCCGCUUCCUGCAAUGGAUCACUGGGUCAGGUGGAGUACUACCUCUCAGCCCGCGCACACAACACCACCGGCGAGGAAUACACCUUCAAGAUGCCAUUGCACAUCCGCCGCGCUACCCUCCCCAGCAACGACAAAUCCUCGAUCCGUAUCUUCCCUCCAACCAACCUCACCGGCCGCAUUGUGCUCCCAUCGGUUGUCUACCCCAUCGGCACCUUCCCGGUGCAGAUGACUUUGAGCGGAGUGGUGGACAAGGGCGAAGAAACCCAGACCCGCUGGCGUCUGCGCAAGAUGAUGUGGCGUAUUGAAGAGCACCAGAAGAUCGUCUCGGCAGCGUGCACGAAACACGCGCACAAGAUCGGCGGGGAGGGUAAGGGAGUCCUGCACCAGGAGACCCGCAUCAUCGGGCACAACGAAGAAAAGGAAGGCUGGAAGACCGAUUUUGAUACGGCCGGCGGCGAGAUCAGCAUGCAGUUUGAAGCCAGCAUCAAUCCCACCUGCAAUCCCGUGUGUGACUUGGAAGUCCCCAACGGACUGGAAGUCAAGCACAACCUAGUGAUCGAGCUGAUCGUGGCCGAGGAGUUUUGCCCUAACCGCAACACACGGCUGAUCACGCCCACGGGCGCCGCUCGGGUGCUCCGUAUGCAGUUCCACUUGCACGUCACCGAACGCAGUGGCCUUGGGAUCAGCUGGGAUGAAGAGAUGCCGCCCGUGUAUGAAAAUGUCCCCGCCAGCCCUCCCGGCUACACCAUGCUCGAUGGAAACAGUAUCAUGGAAGACUACAGUGGCUCUCCUCUGUCGCUGCCCGACUACGCCGAGCUGGAACGGAUGGAGUCCCUGCAUUUGGACAGCGACUCCAAUCACUCCGUUCGGGGUCGAACCCGGUUCACCACCGACGACCUCACUGCAGAGCCCCUGGCGCUGGUGAGCAGCAAUCGGGCCCCCUCGACCGAUUCUCGGGUAUCCGAGUAG